UUUACACAUGCGCAGUAAACAAUAACGUCAUGGACAUUUACAUAUAAGCAGGACGAAUCACACCAAACACUUCAUUCAUACAAGCGCAUUCAAUCUACAAGUUAACGUGGCGGAAAUGAGCCUUGGAUAUAUAGGCGAAUAAAGAGAAACUAAGGGUUCAAUAUUGGGAUGGCACAUCCACUUUAUUUAUCGAAUGAAAAGUACAGACAAUGGUUGAAGGCCGGACUUGGCUUAAGAUACUUGAAAGAAGGACUAGCGCCUUUCUGUGAGGACGUUGCCAAGCAACAGCAUAAAGACAUCUUAGAUAACAUUAAACAGACAAAGAUACUACCGACUGUGACAUGUGGUCAAUGUGCUGUGAGAACUCUCAAACCAGACCAUGUAAAAAUAGGAAAGAAUAAAUGUCCUUUAGGUCAAGCUAAUUGUAACUGCUGUUGUAAGGGUGGUAAAAUUGCUUGUCCAAACAACGUAUGUGGCGCCAUUUAUGACAACAUUAUAACUAAUCAUGCGUCCGUACCACCAGCUCCUAAUUGGAAAAACACUCAGUCUCAGCAGUGGACUGUAGAUCCGUGGAGUAUAGCUAAAUGUUUCAUCAACGUCUCUGGAUAUGACCUGAAGACAUCAGCAGCCGACAUUGACUGCACGGGAUUACUGCAUGUGAUUAUCAACAAUAAAUAUUUUCAUAACCACAUCACUGGAACAGAUGUGUUCUCAAAGGUGAGAAAAUACAGAAGCGAGAUAUUCCGCUCGAGCACCAUGGAACUAGAAAAUGCAAAUACGUAUAUAGAUGAUAUGAUUGCUGUGCUGCAAGAUGGCAAGGAACUGAUCUACCGAAAAGACGCCAAAGAGGCUGUAAAGAAACUUCAAGAGGUUGCGCCCGCUAACUUUGACCAAUAUGCAGCGGUGGUGCCACCCCAACCGGCACCAGGACCAGUACCUCAACCGGCACCAGUACCCCAGCAUGCACCUGUUCCCCAGCAGGCUCAGAUGACGCCCAAACGAGCGCUAGCACCCCAACCAGAUCCAGCAGAAGUGGUACCAGCACCAGUUGUUCCAGUUGGUAUUGAACAUCUACAAUGUGUGCUUGAUCAGGGUACAGGUUUUCGGUUACUAAGUUUUGAUGCAAUGUCUAAUGACCAACUACAAAUGGUACCGACUGCUCGGGCCGGGAUGGGGCUGCAUGUGUCUACACCAAUCAAAAACAAAGCGACACAGACUUCAAGAGAUGAUACAGAGCAAUCGAUAGUCUCUGAAUACGACAGCGAUGGUAGAACAGGUGUCAACAGACCGGAAUUAAAAGAUAAAGACAAAUCAGAAGAGGUUAGCUAA